AUGACUCUACUUGGGAUACCGCUCCUCCGAGCAGAAAGCCCGCAAGCUCUGCUGAUUCCUAUCGCCAACGACCAAGCGUCAGACUUGUUCAAGAAGAAUACUGGCGAUGUAGAUGUACGACGUUCAAGGGACGACCGUGAACACCAUGGUAGGGAAUGGGAUGCCAAGACUCCUCGCUCUGGGUUGUCCAACCACGACUAUAUGAAAUCAGACGACCGAUCAGGAUCUCUCUGGUCUGAAGAAAGGAAGAAAUCAUCGUGCAUGGCACCCGCAAGAGACAACGGCUCUAUUCCAUACUUCAGGUCAGACGGUCGUGGUCACAAUUACAACCAAAAAGGUUUUAACUUAACAUAUCCAUCGGAACGCCCAAUAACUGAUCGUGAAGAUACUUUCGAAGAUCCACCUCCAAGUGGAUUGCCGUCUGAUGUGCCCACAGAGCAAGGUCGCUUAGCUCCCAGAAAUGAUACGCAGCACGUAUUAGGUGGUAGAACAUUUGCUGAUAAAAUCAUUGAAUCAUUCCGGGAAGUCGCCAAGGCUGUGCAAGAUAGCGCCGCAUGUGCUAGAGAGGAGGAGAAACUACGAACAUACUCGGACCUUUCUUCGGCGCUGGCGAAAGUUUCUCCCCUUGCUACUGGUUCCAUCGCUCCGACAUUGGCAGCUGUAACUAUCAAUCACGCGAAGUAUAGGGAGAGGGCUCAGUCCGAAUUCAAGAGGCUGGGUCAUGUUUGGGAGGACAUCUUGGAACUUUUGGUCAAAGGAGUCUUUCAUGUUGUGGACUCAGAGCUGGAGAGUACGAUUCUAGCCUUCAAGGUCAAGGCUCAGGCUUCAACUUCUCAUACCGAUGCAUGCACAGAUCGUGCUGGAGUCGAUACCUCGUCUUACUCGCGACUAGGCCGAUCCAUCCUGAAGCGAAAGGCCGACGAGUCUCGUCCCUUAUCUACAAAGCCUGCAUUCGUCCGCUCGGAAAGCCCCGAGUUUAGUCAUGCAUACAAGCGGCGUCGUCUAAGUGAUGUCCAAAGAGGUGAGACCUGCGAUGGACUACGUCAACCUGUCUCAGAGUUACCUUUCUCUGUGAUGGACCUGGAUCUCCUCGGCAUGGUGGAAGAAAUGAAAUCUAGAAUUGACAGUCAAGCGGACGCCUUGAAGAGACUUACAGAAGAAAACGCUCGGUUAAGAUUGACGUUGGACAAUCAGUCAGUCAAUUUGUCUUCAGAGGCUGGUAGCUCUUUGGAAUCCGGAAUUUUGUAUCUGUCGUCUCAGGCUUCCGCAGAGAUUUACUGA